AUGCUGCCUCGUUUGGACCUAGUUUACAUCACCGAGGGCAUCCGAGGCUGGUACUACAGUCGGGCCGACAUCCGAUUGCCCGGCUGCAUCUACGGCGAGGGAUGUACACUAGCCAACCAACUUCGUGCCGACUUCUCAUUGGUUGUCGCUUCUCCAGCUUUCUUCCGAUUGGUGCACGUUAAAGUCCAGUAG